AUGAAUGCAGAUGGAGAGACUACCUUGACAGAGGCAAGCCGGCGCACGCUCACCACGGCCCAAAAAUGGAAGCUCGGCUUCCGCAAAGCCCGCAAGGACAUCUGGCGCAAGAACCCGAUCGUGCUCCCCUUGGCCCUCCUCUCCGUCUUCAGCGCCACCUGCCUGUUCGCCUACAUCGCCUACGUCGAGGUGACGCAGGUCGCACCGCAGUACACCAAGUUCCCGCCGCCGAUGGCGGAGCGGCUGCGCACGGCGGUCUACUACACGGACGUGGACCUGCAGCCGCAGAAGGCGAUGGCGGCGUACAAGGACGCGAUCCACAUCGGGCUCGAGAUGGGGCUGCACCAGUACUCGGACGAAGUCCUUGGAGUCCACCUGCAGGUGUCGCAUAUGCUGGAGAAGGCCGGCUUGGUCUCGGCGGCGGUGAAGGUGCUGGAGCAGACGCGGGCCGGGGCGCUGGCCUGGGUGUAUCGCACGCGGCGGUCCCGUUCGCUCCCGCAGAAGCCGACGGUGACCACGCCCGUGGAUCCCAACGACACCAGCAAGGAAGCCGUGGAGAAGCGCAUCCGCCAGGCGACCGGAGAGGCCGUCGGAGCCUCGUCCGACGAGCAACCCGAAAAUACCCCGGACCCAGCCAAGGAGGCCGAGUUUCAGGCGUGGGAGGACCGCCAGCAGAGCAAGGUGCUCAAGAAGUGCGUCGGCAUGUCGAUGAAGCUGGCCGAGCUCUACGAGAGCGACUACAUGCAGGAUCUCGAGAAGGCGGAGGAGAACCAGCGGCAAGCCGUGGAGCUCUGCCUGACCGAGAUGAACCGUCGGGUGGCCCUGGGCCUCCCCGUGGGGAACCAGACGAAGGCACCAGCCACCACCGCCGAAGCUAGCGAGGAGGACGAUGGCUGGAUGAACCUCGAGGAGAUCGCCGUCGCCCUCAAGGAUCUGGCCGACCUGUACUUCACCCAGGGCAAGUACGAUCUCUGCCUGCCGCUGUUCAUCCGGGCCAGCGACGUGAUGAAGGCCGCGGAGGGCGACGCCCCGACGUGCAAGCAACCGUUCCUCAUGUCCUCGAUCGGCGCCACCAUGGGCGAGAUCGCCGCGGCGCCGAAGCCGAUUGCCGGGAUGCGGGCCCCGCGCGAGCAGGUGAUCGCGCAGGCCCGCCAGUGGCUCGACAAGGCCCGCGACGUCGCGGCCAAGAUUGACCCCCAGGGCCAGGAGGCGGAAUGUAACGAGGCCUGCGUGGCCGCGCUGCAGAGUCUCGGCGAGCUGGCUCGGCUGGAGAACAAGCCGGACGUCGCCAGGAAGCAUUACCGAGACGCCCUGAGCAUCGCGCAGCGCCUGGAGGAGCCCGGCUUGGUGGAGGGGGUCAAGGCGGCGCUGAAAGAGAUCAAGGCGCAAUGAAGGACCUCGUCAUCAGCUAACGCUAGCUAGGCUGGGUUAACCGUGGCCUUGCAUACACAUCUCCCACAAAAUGUACAUUAUUCGACUCUGGUGGUCUUGACCCGGUGCAUGUGCAUCUAAC